CCACCUCCAAGCUCCAACGACAACCUCCACAUCGUCUUCCUCUCCGCGCUCCCGUCCUCUCCACCUCUCGCUCCCACCUCCACCUCCACCGCCACCGCUACCACAGCCUCUCCCCUCGCCACGCCACGCGUUCCCGCCCCGUGCAUGAAACCCUAGCCCUCCUAAACCCCACCUCACUCCCCGAGCCAUCCCCUCACUCCCCGCGUCGGCGAUGGCCAAGGCGCUGCUCUCCUCCUCCCUCCUCCCCGCGCUGCCCCGCGCCGCCGGGGGCAGCGCGAGCAGGCCGCUGCUGCUCCCGCCGCUCCGUCUGCGGCGCGGCGGCCGGCGCGCCGCCUCCGCGUGCGCGGUGAGGGCGGGCCUGCACGGGCUCGACUCCGUCGGCGGGCCCCACCUCCAGGCCACGCUGGAGCGCGCCGAGGCGGCGCUCUACACGCUCGCCGACGCCGCGGUCGCCGCGGCGGACGCGGGGGGCGACGCCGGCGAGGCGGCUGCGGCGGCGGUCCAGAAGAACGGCGGCUGGUUCGGCUUCAUCUCCGAGGCCCUCGAGGUCGUGCUCAAGGUCCUCAAGGAUGGUCUCUCUGCAGUUCAUGUGCCAUAUGCCUACGGGUUUGCCAUCAUUCUGCUCACUAUCAUUGUUAAGGCGGUGACGUUGCCUCUAACCAAACAGCAGGUGGAGUCGACUCUGGCAAUGCAGAAUUUACAGCCGCAGCUUAAGGCAAUCCAGCAGAGAUAUGCGGGCAAUCAGGAAAGGAUACAGCUAGAGACUGCUCGGUUAUACAAGCAAGCUGGUGUCAACCCUUUAGCAGGAUGUUUUCCAACAUUGGCGACAAUACCUGUAUGGAUUGGUCUUUACCAGGCACUUUCAAAUGUAGCAAAUGAGGGGCUGUUCACAGAAGGAUUUUUCUGGAUUCCGUCACUGGGAGGUCCUACAACAAUUGCAGCUCGGCAAAGUGGUUCUGGAAUUUCGUGGCUCUUCCCAUUUGUGGAUGGUCAUCCUCCGCUAGGCUGGCAUGACACCAUAUGCUACCUUGUAUUGCCUGUGCUACUUGUUGCUUCUCAGUAUGUCUCUAUGGAGAUCAUGAAGCCACCUCAGAGUGAUGACCCAUCACAGAAGAACACACUGCUCAUUUUGAAAUUUCUUCCAUUUAUGAUUGGCUGGUUCUCUUUGUCAGUGCCGUCAGGAUUGUCUAUUUAUUGGCUUACAAACAAUGUCCUCAGCACAGCCCAGCAAGUUUGGUUACGGAAAAUGGGUGGAGCAAAGCCUGUAGUGAGUAAGGGAGGUAGUGGGAUAAUUACAGCAGGACGAGCAAAACGCUCUAAUGCUGAACCAGCUGGAGAGAGGUUUAGGCAGCUAAAAGAAGAAGAGAACAGGAGAAAACUCAGCAAAGCACUUGCUGCAGGAGAUUCAGAUGCAUCAUCAUCAACAUAUGACAUGGAGGAUGAAGAAUUAGAUGAUGAGACCACAGAAGAGCAGGGAGGACCUGUGGAGGAAGCAUCCAGUACUGGCAGUGACAAGAAACUUCCAAGUUACUCGGGGAAGAAGGGCAAACGAUCCAAGAGGAAGCGCAUGGUGCAGUAAUCGUUACAGCCUAAUUGGAUGCAUUUUUUGUCACAACUGUUUGCUAUUGCAGGUUAAUUUAGUUGACCAGUUAGGUGCCACAGUUGAUCUCGGAGACAGUUUUGGUGGUCUGUUGGAGGCCUAUAUUUGAGGUGCAGACAAAUAGACGAUUUCCGGGGUCACAGGUGAGCUCAGUAUAUGCUAGGCCUGAGGGUAAUGGACAGGAGAACAGGAGUCGGGUAUAUGGGCAAGCAGAGAUACAGGAAUCUGUAGAAGUAGAUAAGAUACUCUGGUGUAUUCUGUACAAGUUGGGUUCCAAAAUUGGGCAGGAUCUGGAUACCAUUCAUAUGCGUUGUUGUAUUUGUUUUCCUCUUGUAACCUAAUAAACCAUUGUUUGGACUUUGGAGGGUAUAUUGCGCAAGCUGACAACCAUCCAGUCAUACAAAUAAGUUUAAUUCAACCUGUCAGAAUUGUUAAGAAAAUGGACUUGCUCAAUAGAGGAAGCAGUAUGCAUUUGGCUC